ACAGGCACUGGCUCCUCCUUGUCCACUGUGAACCGCCCGUUCGAUCCUCGAUCUAACUACCUAUCCUCCCGCGAACCCGAUCGAAGACGCUUGCUCCUGUCCGCCGCCUGGGGUAAAAAAGACAGGAAAAGGAGGGGAAAUAUUGCAUAACUACGGACCGCCGUGACGAGGAGAAGACGCGACUGUACCAUCCACAAUGGUGGCGUCCUACGCCGACAUGACGGGGAUUGUCCCCGUGAAGCUCAACAAGUCGCGUAGCAAGGCUGUUGUGAAGCCCAUUCUCAAGAAGAUGGGAAACCCCCAGUCAGCUAAGAGCUCUCUCGACUUGGACCGGACGUGGGAGGAGCAGAUUCAUUAUGGCGGACAUGGCUGGGGAUCGAAACUUGGUUCCACUGGCACCGGCACCGGCACCGGCACUGGCACUGGCACUGGCACCAACGGCAAAGGAAAUACCGGUGUGGGAUGGGGGGAUGGCGACACCGAGGGCAGCGUAUAUGGCCGGCUGGAUAUCGACAGCUUGGGUGGUGCCGGCGACAUAAGGCCGAAACCCAGCGUAUCACACGCGCGGUCAACCAGCGGCGCAUCCCAUGCCAGCAUCGCAACCUCCGGAAGCGGCCCGGGUACCUACCGUACAGGCAGCUUCGUCCACCCUUUCCAGCAAACCCCCCGCACUUCCCUGUCUUACGCCAAUUCCCUGGCCAGUGUCGAUCAGCAGACCUCGCGGGACUACUCACCUACCAUCACCGAGGACGAAGAUCUCCAGACAAGUUCCUCUCCCGGCGCCGCCUACUACCAGCACCGUAGCGGCAACGGCAACGGCAACUGCCUCUCGAGUUCACUGGGCUCCACCAACAAUCUCAACCUCAGUUCCUCCCAUUCCGGCAACUGCGCUCCUGCCUCGCGCCGCCCCUCUCUUGCCAACAACCGCACUUCUUCCCUUUCAGACGUCAAUUCCCACCAACCACUCCAAAUUGUCACAACAAACCGCUCCAACUCAGCCUCCGGCGGUUCCCGACUCGCUCACGUUGCGAGCAUCACAGAUCUCAACCUCGUCAUCGAAUCCGGUGAUUCCACCCCGAUCUCCAAAAGUCGAGCCCCGUCCCAACCAACCCCCGCAGCUGCACCGGGAUCACCGCCGACGUCUUUACUCACAUCUUCUACGUCACCUUCCACUUCCACUAUGUCGCCCCUCCGCACCUCCCUCGAGGGCUUCCGCUUGCGCUCUCGCUCAGAACUCGACCCGACUUAUCACCAGGAGCGCAUCCGACAGGAGCGCCAGAAGUGGGAAGACCGCGAGCGACUGAAGGAAAUGAAGCGCGCCAAAGAGGAGAUGAAGCGCCGCGAGCGCGCCGAUGCGAAGGAAGCCCAGCGAUUCGAGCGAGAGCAGGCCCGCAUCUACAAAGAGGCCACAGCCCUCGCCAAGAAGGAUCCGGACGGGUUCGUCACCCGUACGAGUACGAGUCACUUUAGCCUCCACGGUGCCACCGCUCCCAUCACGCCUACCACCGCUGAUAUCGACACCGAGGCCGAGGUUGAGGCCCGCUCCGUCAAUGCCGGCAGUGCCCACUUCGCAGCGAAGUACAUGGAGAACUCGUACGUGCCUCCACGCAAGUCCAAGAAGGCUCGUGCCGCCCAGCGCAAGCAGAGGAAAUUGCAAGCCCGCGUGCAGCACAUCCCGAGGUCGACCAUCGACCCAGCAACCGCCGAGAAGCUCGCCUACGUCGGCGCCAUGGAUGAAGACGUGGUCCAGGAGCCGGAGCCCCGCGACCAAGGGGCUCAGGGCAUUGCGUUCGACAUCCCCAAGCGGCCCAGUGCCAAGCGGAGGACGCAGGGCGCCUGGACCUCCUUCAUGCUCUGGUUCCGGACUAGGAUUCUGCGGCUCCAGACAAAGUUGGAGAUUUGAGAUUACCCAUCUCUGACGCCUACCUGAGAGGUGUCCAGCAUCAGCGCCCAUAAGUCUUGGGUCGAUCCAUUCCUGCUGGAGCAUCAAUGUUUUUUUGUUCUUCUCGCCAUUCGCGACAGGAGGAAUAUCAAAAACCCCGAUCAAGAAUCAUUCGUCUUUCACCCCGAAAAUGCGUCUAUGAUACACACCAAUCGAUGAACAUCUGACCAGAUCUGUUCAGUUCUUGACAUUUUCGCGAU